CAUCGCGCGGGAAGGGCGGUGCGGAGGGCGGCGAGAAGAUGGCGGCCAAAGGCGGCAGGAAUGGGCUGCUCGAUAAGUGGAAGAUCGAUGACAAACCAGUGAAGAUUGAUAAAUGGGACGGCUCAGCUGUGAAAAAUUCCCUGGAUGACUCUGCCAAAAAGGUCCUCCUGGAGAAGUACAAAUAUGUGGAAAACUUCCGCCUGAUCGACGGGCGCCUCAUCAUCUGCACCAUCUCGUGUCUCUUCGCCAUCGUCGCUUUGAUCUGGGAUUACCUGCACCCCUUCCCUGAAUCCAAACCUGUCCUCGCCUUCUGUGUCGUCUCGUAUUUUGUGAUGAUGGGAAUCCUGACCAUCUAUACCUCCUACAAAGAGAAGAGCAUCUUCCUGGUGGCUCACAGGAAGGACCCGGCUGGGAUGGACCCUGAUGAUGUGUGGCAGCUCUCCUCCAGCCUCAAACGGUUUGAUGACAAAUACACCCUGAAGCUGACCUUCAUCAGCGGGAAAACCAAACAGCAGAGAGAAGCUGAGUUCACCAGGUCCAUCGCCAAGUUCUUCGAUGCCAAUGGGAUGCUGGUGAUGGAGGCCUAUGAGCCUGAGGUCUCCAAGCUGCACGACAGCCUGGCGCUGGAGAGGAAAAUCAAGUGAGCCGACCUCCGUGGAGCUCAACGCAAAUAAAGGAAAGCAGUGCGAGAAAGCGAAUCGCUUCUAAUUUUGUUCUUCUGGUUGGUUAUUUUUUGUCCUGAAAUCCUUUUCCCUUUUUUGGAUCGAUGGGGAUCCCUGAAAUCAUGCUGAGCUGCCCCCACCCGCAGCUGGGUGGGUUUAGGGGGGAUGAUUGAGAGGGCAUUGCUCUGUGCCACGCAUCCCUAUGGGAGGAAUUCAGGACAGAAAGCCUCGUUGAAACCAACUGUCUGUUGUUUGCAACCCGAGUUCUCUUUAUUUUUAUAUUUAAUUGCUCUGGGGGAUUGUUUUUAUAUCAAACCUUUUAGGGCUGUGGGAAGGAGCGGCGUUCUGCGCUUGUCUCCCGGCUGUGCAUCCGGCUGCUUUUUUCUUCUCGCCUCGUACGAUGAAACCCUGCUGGAAAAACGGCAUUUUUUUUUUAAAGC